AUGGCACAGACUGCAAAGACUCCCAGUCCCAACUACUUCGGUCUGCAGGUAGAUGCGAACGCUGAUGUCUUCGCUUCCAGCGCCGCCCAACACAUUCGCGGCAAUUGGAGUCCGCCGUCCUCGAACAUCCGUUCCACGGCUGCAGCGUCACCCCACGUCAUCCCCGUCGAUCAGAACCCCGAAUUUGAACAGUUUCGAAGACAAUCCGAAAACAACAGGGGUUUCAAUCUAGGCAACUUCGACUUCGCUUCAGUCCCAUCUCCCUCUGUCGUCCCUCGUGGUUCCAUCUUCGGUGCACUCAGAACGCCUUUAUCGCCUACAUCCAUGGUCACGACCUCGAGUCCCAAUGGCAGCAGCAAGGACGGCCGAGACGAUGGCAGCGACCACAGCUCAGGCAAACCGCGGUCGCCAAAGCGCAUGCUCUCCACCGAUCCGAGUCAACUCACCGACCGCCCCAGGCGAAAUUCUCCAGCAAGCUUCCUCGAUCAAGAAGGUUUUGGAAGGACAGAUGAGCUGGCCGAAUUCGUAGAGGGCAGGAUACCCAGGCCAUCUCUUCCACCCAGGAAGUCCACCCACCACAAGUCUGUGGUCGCACGCGCCGAAACUCUCCCCACAAGUUUGGAGGUCGAAGAUCCCUCUGGCGGGCCAGCCAUGGUGACGCCUCAGUAUGUCGUCAACAUACUCGAGUCCGCCGUCGAAGAGGUACUUCUCUUGGACCUCCGCGUCUCCACCCAAUACGCAAAGGCCCGCAUAGCCGGCGCACUCAGCCUUUGCAUACCUACCACCCUCCUCAAGCGACCCUCUUUCAAUGUUCAAAAGUUGGCCGAGACAUUCAAGGACGACGAGCAGCGAGCCAAAUUCGAGAAAUGGAGGAGCUGCAAGCACAUCAUCGUGUAUGAUGCCAGCUCUUCUCAAAUGAAGGACGCAACCACUUGCAUCAAUACCCUGAAAAAGUUCGCAUCCGAGGGCUGGACAGGUGGCUCCUACAUCAUCCGCGGAGGCUUCUCUGAGUUCUCCGAGAAGUUCUCCAAGCACACGACACGAGGCCCAUUGGGCAGUCCGACAUCUGCCACCGCAGCCUUGUCCAUCGGCUCCGACAGGCCCUCUGUUGCGCCAGUCAUUGGUGGAUGUCCUAUGCCCGCCACUCAGAAUGCCGCCAAUCCCUUCUUUGGCAACAUUCGCCAGAACAUGGACUUGAUCGGUGGCGUCGGACAAAUGCCAAUCAAGCGUCCCGCUACUAUGUCAGAGCAGAUUGAAGAGAACCUUCCGGAGUGGCUUCACAACGCCUCCGACGUCAAAGAUAAGGGAAAGACUGUGUCGGAUCGGUUCCUUCAUAUCGAGAAACGCGAGCAGAAGAGAAUGCAAGAGGCCUUGUCUGGAAAGGUGGUGUAUGAUAACUCGGAUGGAACAUCGGCAGACUGCGACUGCAUACAGAUUGCUGGAAUCGAGAAGGGCUCCAAGAACAGAUACAACAACAUCUGGCCUUACGAGCACACAAGAGUCAAAUUACAAGGCAUCCCAGAGGGAGCCUGUGAUUAUGUCAAUGCCAACCACGUACAAGCAGCAUGGUCGAAUAAGCGGUACAUUGCCACACAGGGUCCAAUUCCUGCAACGUUCAAGGACUUCUGGAAUGUUGUUUGGCAACAAGACGUGCGUGUCAUCGUCAUGCUGACUGCCGAAAAAGAAGGCGGCCAGGUCAAAGCUCACGACUAUUGGUCCGACAGACAGUACGGCCAUUUCUAUUUGAACCCGCUAGGUGAGCGCAGGGCAUCGCUAGAGCCAUCAAGAAUCCACCGCCACCGCGAGCAGAGUCGACCCCAGUUAGGCCAGCGUCGAUCUACCAACCCACCUCGCCUCGGUGAACUCCAAAGGGAGAACAGCACGACCUCUCCGAGCGGAGACCAACCGUAUGUCAUCGUCCGCAAGUUCACCCUAUCGAACUCCGACGAGCCCUUCGCACGGAUGCGCGAGAUCACGCAGUUACAAUACUCUCACUGGCCUGACUUCGGCGCCCCCGCCCACCCGGCACAUCUCCUUGGCCUCAUCGAGCAAUGUGACUCCGUCGUUCGGCAGGUCAAUGGCGGUUCCGCAACGGGCCCGGAUCCGCCCAAUGGACGUCCUGUCCUUGUCCAUUGUUCAGCGGGCUGCGGUCGUACCGGCACCUUCUGCACCGUGGACUCCGUCAUUGACAUGCUCAAACGGCAACGACAAAACCGCAACGCACGUCAAGGAACUCCCAUGGAUCUCGACCGCAGGUCGAGCCAGGGAAGCCAAGACGAUAACAUGGACGCUUCUUGGACGACACGUGACGACAUAGACCUGAUCGCGAAGACCGUCGAAGACUUCAGAUUGCAGCGCCUUAGCAUGGUACAGAGCCUGCGGCAAUUUGUGCUCUGUUACGAAAGCGUGCUCGAGUGGCUCGUUGAGCAGCAGCCCAAGUCUGCAUAA